CAAACAUAAUGAAAUGCAAAUGUAACGCUAGGCUCAGUCUCAAUUUCUCGAAUCGUCUGCUGUGCGAAUAACUCGCUACAGAAAGAUUAAAAUUGGCGGGAAAUCCAAGAUGGCGGAAAGUUGCCAGUUUGAAGAGGAAGAUUACGAACAGGUCGCCUACACACAGCGCCUGAAGGCUGCAGUGCACCACACGGUCGGACAGAUGUGUGAUGAUGUCGGGGAGGAGAGCGGAGUGACCUUCUCCCGCCAGGUCAUCGCCGCCAUGUCAGAGGCAACCAUGAAGAAAUGUGGUAAGACUUACUGUAAAACUGCAAAAUUAUCCACAUAUGACACUACUACGUCUGGUUUUGGGCAUGGGAAGAGAACUGUGGUGAAUGCAGAUGAUGUGAAGUUGGUGGCCAGAAGAAACCGGGCUUUGGAGAGGCACAUAUCACAGAUGGCAGACAGUCUUGUCUCAGAGAAAGAGAAGAAGAAAUCCAAAAGGGUUAAGAAAGCCACAGCACCUUCUAACAACAGCGAUGCAGAGAAUGAUGACUCAAACAUGUGAUGACACUAUUUAUGCCUAUUCUUACUAUUAUCUUGCUUU